CCUAGUGGUGGAUUUUUAUAACCAGAACCGGGCCUGUUUGCUCCCGGAGAAGGGGCUUCCUGCCCCCGGUCCCUACUCCACCCCUCUCCGGACUCCGCUUUGGAAUGGCUCAAACCACUGUAGGUACCGGCCUCGCUCUGCUGUUGUAGGAGCUGGGAUGGGGGUGGCGGUAAGGCUUCCUCUCUUACCCAAGGAUGCGUGCCUGGCGCGGUGGGGACCUUGUCUCUGUUCCUCUCUUUCCCCCCUCUCUCUUGCUGCAACUCACAUGCCCUUCCUGGAUAGUUGUCCCCCACCUAGUAACCCCGGGGCGCUAUUUGUUGUAUUAGGACUGAGGAACUUUGAGGGUUCCUCUUUUACGGAAACAUUCAUUCAUCUUUUACUUCUUCCAAGGAACGUAAGUUCCAGCCCCUUGCCCCCAGUUGGUAUCUUCUCACUUAGGAUCCCAUAGCUUCUCAGACUGGAGGUUGGGGUAAAGGUCCUGUCUACCGGCAUGUCUGCUUCUAGGAGAAGUGGCUACCUCCCCAGACCCUACCCAGCCAAAGCCUGGGGAAGCCCCUCCUGUGCUGUGUGACAGCUGCUGCCCCCAGCCCCUGCGUAUUUGGAGUGGGUGUCAGGGGAGCACUCACUGUCUUUGGUGUUGACAGUGGGGUGUGGCAGAAAGGGCCAACUUCACCAGACACCAGGUCUGCUGUCCUGACAAACCCUUACAUCUUGAGGACCACCUGGUCCAGCUGGGAUUGUUCUGGUCCCAGACACUUGGCUGGCAUCUUAGAGGCUUCCGUCCUGCGAAUGGAGGGGAGAAAUUGCUGGUGCAAAGAAUCUGCUUCCCCCAAUCGUGUUUGUUUUCUGGGGGAUGUUUGGUCUUUGUGAGGCUGGGGCUGCUCUAGAAGUGAGUAGAAUUCCCUCAACCCCUCUCCCCACAGAAUCCUUUUGUUAUCCUGACUGGGAGAUAGGACCAGGCCUUGUGCUGUCCCUAAGAGAGGCAUUGGUGAGAAGCCUGGUGUCCUGGCAGCCAAGCACCUUCUCGGGUCUGGGGUCAUUCUCUGGAGGGGUUCCAUGCAUAGCCCAGGACCUGUGUUCAGGCACAAGGUGCACACUUGGGCGUAUUCAUGCCAGCUGGGAGGUAGUGUACACUGGGUGGGAGAGCUGGCACUUGGGGGUUAUUGUUAGGUGUCUCAGCUUUCCCCAGGAGGUUCUCCCACCUUCCCAGACCUGCUUCCACUCUCCUGCCUGCCAGGGAGCAGGGGUGGAGUGAGUUUCCAGGACCUGGCAGAUUGGAGGUUGAGGGGCAAAGGACAUUCCCACCUGCAGCCCUCCUUGCUUUAGACCUGAGGUGGGCAGACAGCCCACCUUUGCCUUGCAGAGAUGCUUCAACCCCAGCCUUUGCUAUUGUCCUGCCCCCUGACCUUUGCCUUUGGGGCAGAAUCAACUGUGAGGUUGCAAACUGGGAAGGAGGGGUGAGCGAUCAUUGGCUUUACAAAAAAGGAGAGGUGACACCAGGACCCUCCCUGUUAUCUCAGCACUGGAGGAAGAAGAUUCCCAUCCCCCCCACCCCUUUCAGGAUAAUGUGGUAGGGCUGCCAGGCCCACCCGGUCCACUGCUUUCUCCAGAACACUUCAGGGAUCUGAGCCCUUGGGCUCCAGCCCGUCUCUUCCUUAGCCUACGGGACAGCUCAGCUCUUCCUGGCCCAGAACUGGAGGGGAGGAGGAUCGCUAGAGACGGGCAGGCAGCCCGUGUGGUGAGCCCUGCUUCCCCCAGCCAGUGGACAUGGGGAAGUGGAGACCUGGCCACACACUCAGUCUGGGUUGGGAGCAGAGCCAGAGGCCUGGCCUCCAGUUCCCCUCAGUAGGCUAAAGAUGUGUGUCUGUGUCCACCACAGUGUCAGCAAUGGGGACAAGGGAUUGCUCUGAGGUGCGCAGAAGGACCUUGAGUCUGAAGGUGGCCACUUAGACCCUGCCUAUGGGGUAGUGUCACCAGCUUGGAAGAAACUCCUUGGUGGGUAUAGGUGACUGGAGUCGCCUUCCAGCCCCCUUACGGAAAAUUCUCCACUCCCUCCUUGCCUCCACCAACGACGGGGAAGUGAACACCAUUGGCUGUGGGAAGAGCUGCUGGGGACCUUGCCUCCCUCUUCAUAGCCCCAAUUUCGGUGAACUAGAGGACAAGGGGUGCACAGGAUGUAGCUCCCCAUCUGUCCCCCACCAAUCUCCGCCGCUCACGCCUCCGCCCUCUCCCAGACGUCCAAGAAUGCAAAGCACGUGGGUGCCCACAGUGGGGGAGGGGGAGCAGAGCGAUGCUUAUCCGGGAUGCGGGAGCAGCCGCUGGGCUCGCUGGGCUCUAGUCUUCUUCCAGUCUUCUUCCGCCGCCGCUGAGCUACCCCUAGAAGGAGGACGGGCGUAAAGGGCUCUGCGCCCCCCUCCCCAACCUCUCCAGGGGCUGCAAGGGGAGCUGCGGAGGAGAGGGCGCCAGCUGGAUUGGGAGGGGAGCCGCUGGCCUGGGGCCCGGCUGAUUUCCUGCUGAUCUCCUCCAGGAAACUGGCCUCUUGCGCGCGAGCCUGCGAAUGGCUCUGGGGCGUGGGGACUCCAGAGCGGAGGAGGGGCACCCUGGCAGCGGCUUCGGGAGGGAACGCUGGGCGCUGGGCUUCUUGGGCUGUUUCCAGCCUUCGCUGGGCGCUGGAACUUUGAGUUGAGAAGGUGUGGUUCUUUUCUAGCCUGAGUCGUUCUGCAGGAAGAGGAGAGAUUUGUGGGCUGGGGCCUCUAGAGAGGAGAGGUCAGGCCAGGGUAGUCCCUCCCCAGUGGUGACUCCCCCUCACCUGUUUGUACAGAGGCUGUGUCUUAGCACUUGCAGGAACUAAGAGGGUCCCGGAACCCCUCCAACUUCUGCAGCUACUCACCGAGGCCCUAGGAGGUGUGGGCCCCAGGCUCUAGGUUCAAAGGGCAGAGCUGGAAACCUCAGAGCCAUGUUACCUGGGUGACAGCCAUUGAGACCCAGAGCAGCAGUUCUGAAGAGAUAGUACCCAGCCCUCCCUCGCCACCCCCUCUCCCCCGCAUCUAUAAGCCUUGCUUUGUCUGUCAAGACAAAUCCUCAGGCUACCACUAUGGGGUCAGCGCCUGUGAAGGCUGUAAGGGCUUCUUCCGCCGUAGCAUCCAGAAGAACAUGGUAUAUACAUGUCACAGAGACAAGAACUGCAUCAUCAACAAGGUGACCCGGAAUCGCUGCCAAUACUGCCGGCUGCAGAAGUGCUUCGAAGUGGGCAUGUCCAAGGAAUCGGUGCGGAAUGACCGGAACAAGAAGAAGAAAGAGGCACCCAAGCCUGAGUGCUCCGAGAGCUACACGCUGACGCCGGAGGUGGGGGAGCUCAUCGAGAAGGUGCGCAAAGCGCACCAGGAGACAUUCCCUGCCCUCUGCCAGCUGGGCAAGUACACUACGAACAACAGCUCAGAACAACGUGUCUCUCUGGACAUUGACCUCUGGGACAAGUUCAGUGAACUCUCCACCAAGUGCAUCAUUAAGACUGUGGAGUUUGCCAAGCAGCUGCCUGGCUUUACCACCCUCACGAUUGCUGACCAGAUCACCCUCCUCAAGGCUGCCUGCCUGGACAUCCUGAUCCUGCGGAUCUGCACGCGGUACACGCCCGAGCAGGACACCAUGACCUUCUCGGACGGGUUGACCCUGAACCGGACCCAGAUGCACAACGCUGGCUUCGGUCCCCUCACCGACCUGGUCUUUGCCUUCGCCAACCAGCUGCUGCCCCUGGAAAUGGAUGAUGCAGAGACUGGGCUGCUUAGCGCCAUCUGCCUCAUCUGUGGAGACCGGCAGGACCUGGAGCAGCCAGAAAGGGUGGACAUGCUGCAGGAGCCGCUGCUAGAGGCGUUGAAGGUUUACGUGCGCAAGCGGAGGCCUAGCCGCCCCCACAUGUUCCCCAAGAUGUUGAUGAAGAUCACCGACCUGCGAAGCAUCAGUGCCAAGGGGGCUGAGCGAGUGAUCACGCUGAAGAUGGAGAUCCCCGGCUCCAUGCCGCCUCUCAUCCAGGAAAUGCUGGAGAACUCGGAGGGCUUGGACACUCUGAGCGGACAGCCAGGGGGCGGGGGACGGGAAGGGAAUGGCCUGGCUCCCCCACCUGGCAGCUGUAGCCCCAGCCUCAGUCCCAGCUCCACCAGAAGCAGCCCGGCCACCCACUCCCCGUGACCACGGCACCACAUGGACGCAGCCCUUGCCCCUGCCCUGGCUUUUUCUGCCUUUUACCAACCAUGGGACCCCCACCAGCUCUGCCCUCACCUGUCCUCCCAGACAGAACUGAGGACCUUCCUGAGAACAGGAGGGAGGAGACAGCAACUGUGUGGACAGAGGUCUGGGCCUGCGAUGGACUUCCUUCUCCCGCAGCCAGGGCUGACAACCAGGGACAAGGCAGAGCCAAAGGAGGGUCUGGACUGGCCUGCUUGUCAAGACAGUCCUGUCCACCUUGCCACAUCUUCAUCACCAGCAACGCCGGGACCUGGCUCCCUGUUCUCUGAACUCACAAGCCAUUGCUCCCCAGUUGGGGAACUGCUCCCUGCCUCGGUUGGUGAAAGAGGGAUGGCCCGGGUGGGGAGGGGAUGUUCCCCUGUACAUAUCCUGCAUACCAACCCCCAGGUAUUAAUUCUUGCUGGUUUUGUUUUUAUUUUAAUUUUUUUGUUUUGAUUUUUUAAUAAGAAUUUUCAUUUUAAGCACAUUUAUACUGAAGGAAUUUGUGCUGUGUAUUGGGGGGAGCUGGAUCCAGAGCUGGAAAGGGUGGGUCCUGGGGAGGGGAGGGGCUCCCCUCUCCCUCCAUGUGCUUGUGCCCCUUUACCCUCCUCCUCAGCCUUUUCUCCUCAGUUUUCUCUUUAAUACUGUGAACUACUAACUUUCCAAGGCUGUUUUCCUCUCCAUUGUGCAGAGGGAGCAGCCAGCUCCCUUCUUCCUCUGCCUAACCACUAGGCAUGGGCAGUUUCAGCAACAGCCCCUGGAAGGAGGGACAGCUGGCUUUUGGUAUCUUCUCCCUCAACCAAGAGGGGUAGGGGCCAGACUGGGGCCCCUUGGGACUGCAGGGUGAGUGCUUCUCAUUGCUGUCUGCCUGCCAGGGCCCGAUCAUCCAAGCCCCCAGUCCCACUGUGAAGGGGCUGGCCAAGGGGUCUGAGCUGCCCCUGCCCCUAGCCUCACAGCCACCAGCACCCCAUCUCAUGGUGCCCCAGGCACACAGACACACACAUGCGCACACACACACACUGUGGACAGUAGUUGGCGACACACUUGGCCUGAGUUCCUCCAUUUCCCUUGCCUGCCCUUGUCCACCCCACACCUGUGCCCCCUCCUUGCCCCGCAGGACGGGCCUACAGGGGGUUCCUCCCCUUGCCCCUGCACCUCUGGGCUGGGGGAGCUGGGUCUGCCCUGCCUUCCUAGCCCAGGGGUUGGGGUCUCGUCCCUGGAGCUGGUGCACCUGUUACUGUUGGACUUUCCACUGAGAUCUACUGGAUAAAGAAUAAAGUUCUAUUUAUUCUACAUGUGCCUCUGCCUCACUGCCUCCACCCCCUUCUUGGUGUCUAGGCAGAGGACUUGGGAUGGGGGUGCUUCCUGACAGGCUCUGGGCCCCUUAUGGUUAAUUAUGGCCAGUUUACUCUAUCUCACCACUAGACAUCUCAGCCCACACACAGCAGUGUCCUUGCCCAGGGUCACACAGUGAGUGGCAGGUUGGGAACCAAUACUCAAGGUCCCCACUUAUCACCCAGGGCUCACUCUUGGAUCCUUGAAAUCCUGGAAGAAGCAUCACACUGCAGAUGAUGGUGGGAGGAGGAGGAGGUUCCCUGGCCUUUGGCAAAAGGGAACCAAAGGCUUCCUUCCCCAUAGGGUCCCCAGCCAUUUCUACAUUAGCCACCAGAUGGCAGCAGCUCGCCACCUAACCGUGUCCAGAGGGCGCCUUGGGAAGAGGUGCUUUUCCUUUAGCAAAGAUUUUCUAACACCUUUACAAAACUAAUAUAACAUACCAGUGCACAUGCUUUCAAAAAUCAAUGAGCUAUCACAACCGUAUUAGUUGUAUUAUGCAGGAGAAACAGGAAGUGUUAGGUAUUUCAAUACAUUAAUGUGUGCUUCUGUUUGUAAGGACAUUUGAAUUUAAAAGAGGAUCAGAGGCCAUUCUGUACAAAAACCCAGGAGAAUCAGAGUACAGGGUGGAUGUUUGAAUAAAAACUAGCACCUCAGAUAUGCAAAAGAAGAAAAAGGCCCUUAAUGUUUGUUUCACAUGUGAAAUAGGUGGCUCAGGUAAUUCAGAAGAGAUUUUUCACUAUGUAAAGUUA